UGCAGUAGUGUUCCGCUCUCCAUACUAAAUAGGAAACUGGACGUGAUGUGGAAUUAGAGCCUCCCCAGCUGAAGCCACCCAACACUUACUACAAAUAUAGCCGCGAUGCGUAGGCCACAAAAUGGCUCCACUCACUUUUCCCAAUGAAAAGCAAAUGGAUUUAGCAGUUUUAUCCCGAUGCGGGUGUCCUUCCUCUCUGUAAAGUCGUAAGUACCUUGAGGUGGGAGGAGUAAAUUCAGCCUGACACUGAGAGCGCUUUUGUUGAAACAGGAGAGACUUGCGGUGUCCCUACUUAAAUAUGACACAUGACGAUGGACAGGCCGCCCGCCCCGCCGCCCCCCAGUGACCCCCGCGAUGCCCGCCCCCCCCGGCGGCACGACUCGGAAGCGGAGACCACGAGCGAGCCGGAGAGCAGCCGCGGGGGCAUGGAGGCGCCGGCGGACCCCCAGCUGCUGCUCAACGGGGCGUCCAAGGAGGCGGGCCGGCCCUCCCCCGGGCCCCCCGCCGCCCCCGUGCCCGUCAUCGAGCUGGUGCGCCGGGGGGGCUCCCUGGACAUAAAAAGCCGGGAGGCGGCAGGGGAGGCGAUGCAGAGAGCGCCGGGCGCCGAGCCGUGCCGCGCCGCCGAGGCCGCCUGCGAGGCCCGCAUGGUGCAGCUGAGCCCCCCCGCGCUCCCGCUGCAGCCCCCCGGCAGGGCCAUGCUCUACAACCUGGGCCAGCCGCUGGCCACCAUCAACAGCGGGUUUUUCGGCGAACCGGAUUCCUUCUCCAUGUACGGCAGCAACCGGGUGAAGAGGAGACCCUCUCCCUACGAGAUGGAGAUCACCGACGGUCCUCAUACGAAAGUGGUUCGCCGCAUUUUUACCAAUAGCCGGGAGAGGUGGAGGCAGCAGAAUGUCAACGGAGCCUUUGCAGAGCUUCGCAAGCUCAUCCCCACCCACCCGCCUGACAAAAAACUGAGCAAGAAUGAGAUUUUGCGCCUGGCUAUGAAAUACAUCAACUUCCUGGCCAAGCUGCUCAACGACCAGGAGGAAGAAGGAAACCAAAGGGGCAAAGUGAACAAAGACUCUGGGAUAGUCCAGGAAGACCUCCUGCAGGACAUGUUGUCUCCUAACUCUAGCUGUGGAAGUUCUUUAGAUGGAGCAGCAAGCCCGGACAGCUUCACAGAAGAGCACGAAACACUAGAUUCAAAGCACACGCGGGGUCUGCACCACGCCAUUCUCCCCGUAGAAGGCAAUGCGCAGCGGUGAUGACCUUCCGCAUCGCUCCCGAAGCACCAAGCGGGGAGGCGAGACCCGAGCGUGCGGAUGCUGAAACUUGUGCCCAUGGGAUUUGUGACUCUGCCUUUCCCCGGGGGCUCGACUCCCCGUUCUCCCCAGCUUGGGAUGGAGCAGCUGGUGUGUUGGCUGAGGACAAGACCAAACCAGAUGGAUGUUCGGCAUUUAGGUACGUGAUCGUACAAAGAAGAAAAGCAUUGAAGUCAUCUUCAUUGUACAUACUGCUCAUGAUGUGACUCUGCGGAGGGGCAGGAGACGUGGCCAGCACCUCUCCAGCAUUUAGAGGGUUUUCAGACCAUUUGAUGACCAUCGCUUUUUAAACAAUUGCCUGGCUGAGACACGAAACUCCUCUUUUGCUGCCAGUGGAGGCCAUUGACUCUUUCCAGCUCCAUGUGGCCCUGGAGACUGCCGAAACCUGCCAGGGCUGCAGCAUUUCUCCAGCCUGUGGCAUAUAUAACUGGUCUGAGCAGGAGCUGGGGCCAUGUGUUCCUGUUGUCUGAGAGCUUUUGACUGUAUCUUUUUAAAGAGGUGAAAAAAUACCCUCAGCAAAAGAACUAUUAAAAGGAUUAAGACUUUUUAAUUUUCUCUCCAUUUUUUCCCCCCCUUUCUUCCUUUCCCUUCUACCUAACUUUGGAUUGUUUGGGGUUGUUGUAUUUAUGACGUGGGAUUACUUCUGUUUAACGCUGUCAUGCAGUAUCCACUGAAUGAAAAGGUACAUAGGUGUUGUCUGCCGCCCUCCCAGUCCCCGAUUUUUCUGCUGGCAAUGCUCAGCAGGUGAGCUUCAAGCCUGUUCUGUUCUCCUAGAGUUUUCCCAGUGGUUUCUGUAGGGCCAGAGCUUCUCUCAAGGAAGAUGAAUUUCAGAAUUGGUAAGCAAAAAAAAAAAAUAAAAAUUGCUAGUGAAGCAUCCCCUUGGACUGGGGGUUUUUGAAUUCAAAAAGCAAAAAAAAAGGCAACAGGAGUCAAUGAUUCAUCAACAGUGUGUGUGUACAUAGGGUUAUAAAAGGAUUUUUAAUGGUAUGCUUUGAAUUUUUUGUUUUUAUUGUGUGAAAAUGGUGGUGGUUCAGCUGUGCCAAUGCUUGCAGGCUGGACUACAGUGCUGGAUUUAUUCCGGUGUUAGGAGGGUCCUCACCUGCCUGAGGCUGGUAGGGGGCUACAGCCUCUCCAAACCUUGCAGGGAAGCACUAAAAGCAGCGGUGGGAUUAGCCUCCAUUCCCAAGUGCUCGGACUGCUGCAAAAUUGAUGUCUGCAACUGGGCUGGUCCUCUGAUUCCUGCUGCCCCUCUGGGGAGGGCAUUUGGGAAACAGAAGGGCUGGGGAGCAGGAGGCUGCUGCUGCGGUGGCGGGUAGCUGAGGACUGCAUCACACCAUCACCGCUGCAUCAGGCCCAUCUCUCACCCACCGUCUGAUGCCUGACACAGCAAUUGCCCCAAGCCCAUCUUCUCCAUCUACAGAGAUGUCACAAAUCUCUACCAUGCUACAAUAAAACAAAACAAAACAAAACAAAACAAAACACCCACAAACAUCCUUUGGAAGGGAAAUAAUCCUUUGAGCGGGGACAUCUUCCACUGGACUCAUUCCUUUUCAAGGGUGCUGAGGUACAAGGAAACACAGGAUUUGGGCGGGUGUCUGCAAGCCCGUCCGGGCUUAAUUCAGAGCCCCGUCAUUUUCAUACCCACUUGGUUUAAAUGCUUCUUUGUAAAUAAUAGGUGGGAGGCUGGUGUGUGGGUUGGUGUGUUAGGAGGCAUUAGCUGCCUGGAAACGGGUCCCACCCCAAGCAAGGGUUUCCAGCAUAGACCCAAAUCCUCUCAAAUCACAAACUCCCCCAUCUUAAAUUGGGGCAAAGGAGGAAAACUCCUUCCUGGGUCCGUAUUGCCCAUGCAUGGGGGUUUUUACUAAAGGGGGUACCCGCAGGGCUGGACCAGGGGAGCGGUGAUGGUGGGUGAUGGAGUGAUGCUGAGGAAGAGGGUUGGGCUGCUCCUGGUGCCGGGGUAGGAGAGGUGGGUGGCCAGGGCUGGUAGACGGGGGCCCUCUGGGAAAGGAGGGGGAUGCUGUCACACAGCUAAAGCUGUUCUUGUCUUUCAGCAUUCAAAAUAACCCUGGGGUGGGGUGUGUGGGGAUUUUACACCCUUUUUAUUAACCUAUUGAAAGAAAAAAUCACCAAUGUUUAGAAAUUCCUCAUUUCCAACAAGUUUGGGGUUUGUUUUUUUGUUUUUUUUUUUUUUUUUUUCACUCUUUUCAGUAGCUGAACAUUUGGGAAAAUGGUACAACCUUGGCAGCACCCCCCAAUACCCCCACGCACAUGCGCACCUGCUUGUAGCCCUUAGCAGAGCGUGCCAUAGGUCUCCUGGGGUAUGUACAGUUGUACUUUAAUUGUGAUUUGAAUGGUACAUUUCCUCUGCCCAACUCUCCUCCUGCCUGCUUCAUCUCUCGCUGUGUGGACCAUCGCCCCCCGUUUCUGUUGGAAACAGCACUUUGGGGCAAUGUCGUACCGUGUGAGUGAAUUCCCACCGUAUGAUUUUUGGGUUUUCAGCCCCAUCCCUUUCUCUGCCACCCUCCCCCUGGAUUUCUGCAUUUUUUCUGCAGAAACAAAGUAACCAGACCUGGUACCCCGAGUCUCAACCCACUGUGGAUGUGCUAUUUAGAAAACACAUUUGUUGUAAUGUGUGUGUAUAUAAAAUAUAUAUAUAUAUAAUGAAUAUAUCAAGAAUAUUUCUAAAUAAAGUUUUACAAAGCA